CGAUUGAAAGCGGUGACCACGCCCUCAAUGACUAUCCCUCACGCUCUCCUCCCUAAAACUCUCGAGCUCAAACUUCUUCAGAUAACUUGACUCAGAGUUGCCUCGUGUUUGUGGUGUCAAGCCGGAUUUGCGCGAUACUUUGGACCACUAAUGGAGAGAGAACUGAGAACCUGACGAGUCUGUGACUGUGUGGUUUUUGUCUAAAGAUGGCCAGGUCUAACGUUUGCCACUAUGAUCAGUACAUGGACUUUUUCUACAACAACAGCAACAUAACCUCUGAUGACUGGGAGCAAACGCAGCUCAUCCUGGUUCAGGUCGUUGGGUCCAUCUGCUGUUGCUUCAUCCUAGUGGCCAAUGCCAUGAUUAUUGCGGCGGUGGUGACAAACAGAAGGUUUCACUACCCCUUCUACUAUCUCCUCGCCAACCUUGCCGCCUCAGACUUUCUCGCCGGGAUCGCUUAUGUGUAUCUCAUGUUCAAAACAGGGAAAAUAUCUCGCGAUCUCUCCGUUCAAGCCUACUUCUUUCGGCAGGGUUUGCUGGACACGAGUCUCUCCGCAUCUCUGAUAAACCUCCUGGUGAUCGCCCUCGAGCGCUACAUCUCCAUCAUGAACUGGAAGGUUCACAGUAACCUCAACAAACGUCGGGUGACCCUGUUGAUUGUCCUGGUGUGGGGUAUAUCGAUAUUCAUGGGGGCCGUUCCUAGUUUGGGCUGGAACUGUAUCUGCAGUCUGGACCUGUGCUCCAAACUGGCACCCAUCUUUAGCCGGAGCUACCUGAUCUUCUGGUCUGUGUCCAACCUAGUGCUCUUCCUCAUCAUGGUGGCUGUUUACUUAAGGAUUUACAUCUAUGUGAUGAGAAAGACUGUUGUCAUGAACACGCACACUUCUGCAGCUAUAAAUCGGAAGAGGACGCCGGUCAAGCUCAUCAAAACGGUGAUGACCGUACUCGGGGCGUUUGUGAUCUGUUGGACUCCUGGACUUGUGGUUCUGCUUCUGGACGGACUUAAGUGCGAACAGUGCAACGUCCUGAAAUUCAAACGCUGGCUGCUGCUCCUCGCCGUCCUCAACUCCGUCAUGAACCCGGUCAUCUACUCCUACAGAGACGAGGAAAUGUGGACCACCAUCAAGAACCUGAUGCGUUGCGAUCGCAGCGGGACGAGGCGGCAGAGGUCGUCCAAGGCCAACAUUCAGCGCAGCUCUGGUCGGGAGACGACCAGUAGCCUGAAAGAGAACACCGCAGAGGACAGCAAGGUCUCCACACAGGAGAUGCUGAAGUCUUGAAGGUGGGCCGGACUCGUUUUUGACUCGGUGAAGACCAUUUUUAUAACCCUGAUGUGCCAUUGCUCCUGAACUCUCCUGAGGUCUGCUCUCAGGGAGGAAAAGUUAGAGCAGAUCUCAAAAGGAGUUUGAUGACAGUACAAAGCAAUGCACUUCUAUUAGUGAUCGUCGCCCGCAUUAAUGCCUGCGUGCAGCAUGUCUGAGCAUGUGCACUACCCACCGCACCACACCUCCCACAGCAAUGCACUUGUAAAGUUUCACUUUAUCUCAUUAAUUCAGCUUCUGACCAUUUCUCAAGAUCCGAGACAUAUUCCAUUCGUAUACUGUUUUGUCGUAAAUCUGUGUAAAUCUCUUAAUAAUUUUCUAUGUAUACUGUACUGUUUAAAAUGAGUCUUCUGACUUUUGAAAAUCUAAAAAUGGAUGUAUCUAGUUUGUAGAUCAUAUGUAGACUUGAUGUAGAUAUCAAUGUAAGCAUUUGAGAGAUUUCAUAUGCAUUUCGUCGUCUUCAAGUGUGAGAACAGUUUUUAAUGUGUACUCUCGAAUAUUAGAUUUUAAAUAUUAUAAUUAUAAUUAUGCAAUACAUGAUUAAGUGGUCAAUAAUGCCCAUGUAAAU